AUGGCGCUCAACUCGGCCCCGGCUCCGGAGCCUGAUCCGGACUGGAGUGUUGCGGUCCGUCCGCUCCUUGCCGCCUCGUAUUCUACCUUCGAGCCGCGGGACAUCUCUCAGCUUUUCAGCUCCAUCAUUAAUAGUGAGAAGCAGAUUCUGCAUCAUGACAAACAAUAUGAACCCUUCUACUCCUCAUUUGUGGCGCUCUCUGCACAUUACAUCUCAACAGUCUGUGCACAGAUUCCUAGGAAUCAGCUACUGUCUGUUGCAGCUGCAUGUAAAAUCCUGAUUGAAUUCUCAUUGAUGCGCCUUGAGAAUCCAGAUGAGGCAUGUGCUGUUUCACAGAAACACCUGAUCCUUUUGAUCAAGGGCCUUUGUACUGGUUGCAGCCGAUUGGACAGGACUGAGAUCAUUACGUUCACAGCAAUGAUGAAGUCAGCCAAGCUUCCAAUGACAAUAAAGACACUCUCAGAUGUGGAGGAUCAGAAAGAGUCUGUCUCUCCAGUGACACCUGAACUCAAACAGAAAGAAGUGCAAAUGAAUUUUUUAAGCCAAUUAACUUCAGUGUUUGACCCAGAUGUGUCAGCCUCAUCUGCCCCUUCUCCAGUUGUUCAGGUGGAUGGUGAAAGUGAUGAACAAACUGGAACUGAUCAAGCAACAGUUGCCAAAAUGAAAAGUGCUUUUAUUGCGCAGAAUGUGUCCAGUUUACAAGCACUGGGAGGCUCUGAGAAGUUGCUACGUGUUUGUUUAAACCUUCCCUACUUUCUGCGCUACAUCAACCGCUUCCAGGAUGCUGUCUCUGCCAAUUCCUUUUUCAUAAUGCCUGCAACAGUUGCAGAUGCAACUGCUGUGCGAAAUGGAUUCCAUUCCCUGGUUAUUGAUGUUACCAUGGCUUUAGACACACUCUCACUGCCUGUCCUUGAGCCACUGACCCCUGCAAGGCUGCAGGAUGUGACUGUAUUGGCCCUGAGUUGCCUGUAUGCAGGAGUAAGUGUUGCAACAUGCAUGGCUAUUCUACAUGUGGGUAGCAGCCUGCAAGUCCGAUCUGGGUCCACAAGUAAGGAAGAAGACUAUGAGAGUGAUGCAGCCACAAUUGUACAGAAAUGUCUGGAAAUCUAUGACAUGAUUGGGCAAGCAAUUAACAGCUCACGACGUGCAGGUGGUGAGCAUUAUCAGAAUUUCCAAUUAUUGGGGGCCUGGUGUUUACUAAACAGCCUUUACCUGAUCCUGAACCUGAGUCCAACAGCACUUGCAGACAAGGGGAAAGAAAAAGACCCACUAGCUGCACUGCGAGUCCGUAACAUUGCUGCCCGUGUGAAGGAAGGAGCUGGAUCCCCCAAGCUAGCUCCUGUUAAAGGACAUCAAGGAUUUGGCGUCUUGUCUGUGGUUCUAGCAAAUCAUGCGAUCAAACUGUUGACUUCACUCUUUCAGGAUCUGCAAGUGGAAGCCCUUUACAGGGGCUGGAGAGGUGAUGGACCACCUGCAGAGCUAAAUAUCAUGGCACAGAGCUCAUCUAUUCAACGUGUACAGAGACUGAUCGAAUCUGUUCCCCUCACCAACUUGCUCUUCACAUUGUUGUCAACAUCUUACAGAAAGGCUUGUGUUCUUCAACGCCAACGGAAAGGCUCUGUGAGUAGUGAUGUCAGUGCGUCCACUGAUUCAAACACUUAUUAUGAAGAUGAUUUCAGCAGCACUGAAGAAGAUAGUAGUCAAGAUGAUGACAGUGAACCAAUACUUGGCCAAUGGUUUGAAGAGACCAUCUCUCCCAGUAAGGAGAAAUCAGCACCUCCCCCUCCACCCCCUCCACCUCCUUUGGAGAGCUCUCCACGCUUGAAAAGUCCAAAUAAGCAGUGUUCUGGAGAAAAUGGCAACAUACUGGCGAGUCGCAGAGACCCUGAGCUGUUUCUGAACCUGGCUUCAAGUAUUUUUAAUUUCAUUACGUCUUCAAUGCUAAAUUCGAGGAACAACUUUAUCCGGAAUUACCUGAGUGUUUCUCUGACUGAACAGCACAUGAUGACGUUAGCCAGCAUAAUUAAAGAUGUGGACAAAGAUGGAACGAAAGGGGCAUCAGAUGAGGAGUUUGCAGCUGCACUUUAUCACUUCAACCAUUCUAUGGUCACCUCUGACCUCCCAUCCCCCGUCCUGCAGAACACAUUGCUGCAGCAGCUGGGAAUUGCGCCAUUCUCUGAGGGUCCAUGGCCAUUGUAUAUUCACUCUCAGAGCCUCUCUGUGCUAUCACGCCUGUUGUUAAUCUGGCAGCAUAAGGCUAGUGCACAGGGGGAGCCAGAUGUUCCUGAGUGUAUGAAAAUCUGGGAAAGGUUUAUUGGCACACUAAAGCAGAACAUACUCCAUGGAGUAGUACCAUCUGACUCAGAAGAUCUGAACGUUGAACACCUUCAGCUUCUACUACUAAUUUUCCAUAAUUUCUCAGAGAAUGGUCGUCGUGCUGUAGUUGUGAUGUGCAUACAGGUGAUUGUUGAAGUAGCAUCUAAAGCAGAAGCUCAGAUUCGGUGUGUGCCACUGACACUCGCCCGACUGUUGCUAGUUUUUGAAUACCUCCUUCAGCAAUAUUCAAAAGUACCAGUCUACCUAUUUGAACAGAUUCAAUUUAAUCUAUUAACCCCACCAAUAUGUGGUGCUAGUGCCAAUGCCACUGGGUCCCAAGAAUCUGGCCGACGCAUUCAAGUGCCACUUUAUCACGGAUUUAAAGAGGUUGAAGAAAACUGGGUUAAACACAGUGGGGCAGAUUCUACGCCUCUGCCCAAAUUCUACAGCAUCCUUUCACAUGAAACAUCCACUGAUGACAGAAGCAGAUUGGAUGAGGUGAUCUGUGAUGUUCUUUGUACUGGUACUUUGAAGUAUGAUGAGCUAUAUGCAUCACUGAUCUUGUUGUUAGCGGCUGGUUCACAGUUUGAUACACUCAGACGGGAAGAACACAAGAAUGCAACACCUCUGGAGGCAUGUUCCAUUCAGUACUACUUCUUGAUCUUAUGGAGAAUCUUGGGUAUUAUGCCUCCAUCAAAAGCCUAUGUUAACCAAGUGGCAAUGAGCACAACAGAGCUGAGUGAAUGUGACAUCCUGCACACACUUCGAUGGUCAUCACGACUUUGUAUCAGCUCCUAUGUAACCUGGAUCAAGGAUCACCUGGUGCAACAGGGCAUGAAGCCAGACCACGCUGGCUCACUGGUGGAACUGGCCGUUGCCAAAUGCAGUUCUGUGAAAUAUGAUGUGGAACUUGCAGAGGAGUAUGUUGCCAGACAGAUCUCUUCCUAUUGUGGAAUUGAUGCAAGUGCUAUUAUCCCGAUCAGCCGCCUCCCAAAUUUGCAGACUAUCUACACGCUUGAUGCGGUCAUUUCAAAGGUCCAAGUGUCUCUGGAUGAGUAUUUUUCCAAGGUGGCUGCAGAAACCGACUCCCACAAAACAUCUGAGAUUACAAAGAAUCUGCUUCCUGCAACUCUUCAGCUGAUUGGCAUCUAUGCUGCAUUUACCAGAUCGUACCUGUUGAGGAGUCUGUGUGAGGAGGGCUCGACUGAUAGUCCAACUGAGGAGAAGCUACAUGGUUAUGCUGCAGUACUAGCGAUUGGAUCUACCCGUUGCAAGACUAACUCUAUCGCCCAGUUAAUGGUGCAGAACCUGCCAUCAUCUGUACAGACACUGUGUGAAACAUGGAACAAUAUCCACACUAAUGAAUUCCCCAAUAUUGGAUCCUGGCGAAAUGCAUUUGCAAAUGACACCAUUCCUGCAGAGAGCUACAUUAGUGCAAUCCAAGCUGCACACCUUGGUACAUUGUCCAACCAGAGUUUGCCACUGGCUGCCUGCUUGAAGCAUAUUCUCUUGUCAUUGGUCAGACUCACUGGUGACCUCAUUGUGUGGUGUCCCGAUGAACUGAAUCCUGCACAGGUCAUCCACACACUGCUGCCAUUGCUCUUGGAGACAAGUACAGAAAGUGUGUCUGAAAUCAGCUCCACAUCAUUGGAACGGAUCCUCGGGCCAGCAGAAUCUGAUGAAUUUCUUGCACGUAUCUAUGAACGGCUCAUCACAAGCUGCUAUAACAUAAUUGCUAACCACUCUGACCCAAACAGUGGCUUGGAUGAAACUAUCUUGGAGGAGUGUUUGCAAUACCUUGAGAAGCAGCUGGAGAGCAGCCAGGCACGCAAAGCUAUGGAGGAAUUCUUCUCUGAACGUGGGGAACUGGUGCAGAUCAUGAUGGCCACGGCCAAUGAGAACCUUUCAGCUAAGUUCUGUAACAGAGUGCUGAAAUUUUUCACAAAACUGUUCCAACUUGCGGAGAAGAGCCCAAACCCAAGUCUUCUGCAUUUGUGUGGCUCAUUUGCUCAGCUGGCUUGUGUUGAACACAGCCGAUUACAUGCCUGGUUAACAAGAAUGACUCAUGCACCUCCUAAAGACUCUGAUCAGCUGGAUAUAGUUCAAGAGAACAGACAACUGCUUCAAAUUUUGACUGCAUGCAUUGUUAGAGAAAACAGCCAAGUUGGUGAAGGUGUCUGUACUGUGUUACUCAACACACUCAUACCCAUGGCAACAGAAAUGUUGUCAAAUGGUGAUGGAACAGGAUUCCCAGAAUUAAUGGUUGUUAUGGCAACAUUGGCCAGUGCUGGACAGGGAGGAGGACACUUGCAGCUUCACCGUGCAGCUGUAGACUGGUUAGGAAAAUGUAAGAAAUAUCUUUCCCAGAAGAAUGUCCUGGAGAAGGUGGGGGCCAAUGUAACUCAAGGGAAGCAUGUCGGUAUGCUGGACUGUGCCUGCCACAUCAUGUCCUAUCUUGCCGAUGUCAUGAAUGCCAUGCGACAGAACAGUGGGCAGGGAUCAACGCACCUGGUAGUGGAUGGUGAGGAAAAGGCAAUUGAGGUUGAUUCUGAUUGGGUGGAAGAUCUGGUUGUGGAAGAGGAAGACUCGCAAGCAGAGGAUUCGGAUGAAGAUUCCCUGUGUAACAAGCUAUGCACAUUCACAAUUACACAGAAGGAAUUCAUGAAUCAGCACUGGUAUCACUGUCAUACCUGUAAAAUGGUGGAAGGAGUAGGAGUUUGCACCAUUUGUGCUAAAGUCUGUCACAAGGAUCAUGAGAUUUCUUAUGCCAAGUAUGGAUCAUUCUUCUGUGACUGUGGAGCAAAGGAAGAUGGAAGUUGUCAAGCUCUGGUCAAACGGAGUCCAAGCAGUGGUAUCAGUUCUACUUUGAAGGAGUCAUCUGCCUUCCAGAAUGAGCCACGUGUCCCAGAAAGUGCCUUGCGACACCAAAGCACAUCCCCAGCAGAUAAAUGCAAAGUGAUGAGUGCAGAUGGCAAGACUUCUGAAGAUGAUAAACCGAAGAAGAGUACUUUGUGCAAGCAGAUCGAGGGCUGUAGGGAGGAGCUGCAGAUCCAAGUGUCUGGUUGUUCCACUGCUGGGUUAGUCCUUGAUAUGCUCGUCUUCCUGAUGGAUGCAAUCCAGACAAAUUUCCAGCAAGCCUCAGCAGUUGGCAGUAGCAGCCGCGCUCAGCAGGCAUUAGACGAUCUGCACACAAUGGAGAAGAACAUGGAAAUGACUGACCAGCUGAUGGUUCCAACCCUGGGCUCUCAAGAAGGUGCCUUUGAGAAUGUGCGGAUGAAUUACAGUGGGGAUCAAGGGCAGACAAUCCGUCAACUAAUCAGUGCACAUGUGCUGCGUCGUGUUGCAAUGUGUGUUCUUUCCUCUCCCCAUGGCCGCCGACAGCACCUGGCUGUAAGCCAUGAGAAGGGAAAAAUCACCGUGCUGCAGCUAUCAGCUUUACUCAAACAAGCUGACUCGAGCAAGCGGAAAUUGACAUUGACUCGUCUAGCUUCAGCUCCGGUUCCCUUCACUGUUCUGAGUCUUACCGGAAAUCCAUGUAAUGAGGAUUACCUUGCUGUGUGUGGACUCAAGGACUGCCAUGUUCUAACAUUCAGCAAUUCAGGAUCAGUCUCUGAUCAUCUUGUUCUCCAUCCACAACUUGCCACUGGCAACUUCAUCAUUAAAGCAGUGUGGCUUCCAGGAUCACAGACAGAGCUUGCAAUUAUAACAGCAGAUUUUGUCAAGGUUUAUGACUUGUCCGCUGAUGCCUUGAGUCCAAUGUACUAUUUUCUUCUGCCAAGCUCCAAGAUCCGUGACACAACAUUUUUGUUCAGUGAGGAAGGGAAGAGUAUUAUUGUUAUUAUGUCUUCAGCUGGUUAUAUCUACACCCAAGUGAUGGAAGAAGCGAGCAGUGCUCAGCAUGGACCAUUCUAUGUCACUAAUGUACUUGAAAUCGUGCAUGAAGAUCUGAAGGACAGUAAUGGGCAGGUUGCAGGUGGUGGUGUCUCGGUUUAUUACUCCCAUGUUCUACAGAUGCUGUUUUUUAGUUAUAGCCAAGGCAAGUCCUUUGCUGCCAUGUUAAGUCGCAUAUCACUGGAAGUGCAACGGCUGUUUCCAAUCAAUCUGAAAAGUUCAAAUGGUGGUAGUGGGAAAACUGUUCCUGCCCUGUGCCAGUGGUCAGAAGUGAUGAAUCAUCCUGGCUUGGUCUGUUGUGUCCAGCAAACCACUGGAAUUCCACUUGUCAUCAUGGUCAAACCAGACACCUUCCUCAUCCAGGAGAUUAAAACUCUACCAGCCAAAGCCAAGAUCCAGGACAUGGUUGCAAUUCGCCACACAGCCAGCAAUGACCAGCAAAGAACCACCAUGAUACUCCUGUGUGAGGAUGGCAGCCUGCGGAUCUACAUGGCAAAUGUUGAGAACACUUCUUAUUGGCUACAGCCUUCACUGCAACCCAGCAGCGUCAUCAGCAUCUUGAAACCAGUCCGCAAACGCAAGGCUGCAGCUGCCACAACUCGCACCACCAGCCAAGUCACAUUUCCAAUUGAUUUCUUUGAACAUAACCAGCAGCUGACUGAUGUUGAGUUUGGAGGAAAUGACUUAUUACAGGUGUACAACAUGCAACAAAUCAAACAUCGGCUGAACUCCACGGGCAUGUAUGUCGCUAGCACAAAGCCAGGUGGAUUUACAGUGGAAGGUGUCAACAACAACGCCACCAUGGUUAUGACAGGGAUGCGGAUCCAAGUUGGGACACAGGCCAUUGAGAGAGCACCAUCCUAUAUUGAAAUUUUUGGUCGCACAAUGCAAUUGAACUUGACAAGAGCUCGUUGGUUUGACUAUCCAUUUACGCGUGAAGAAGCACUUCAGGCUGAUAAAAAGCUAACCAUUUUUGUUGGUGCAUCAGUUGAUCCUGCUGGGGUUACAAUGGUAGAUUCAAUAAAAAUCUAUGGAAAAACAAAAGAGCAGUUUGGCUGGCCUGAUGAACCUCCAGAGGAUUUCCCAUCAGCCUCUGUAAAUAAUGUUGCUGUUCCAAGUGUCAGCCAGAAUAACAGCACAGGGGAAGUGGACUCAGCCACUCCCACCUCCACCAGUGGUUCUGUCCUUGAGAGGCUGGUGGUGAGUUCAAUGGAAGUGCUAGAAAGCUGCUUUGCUGUUGGAUCUUCAACAGAGAAGGAAAAAAACAAGCAGACAGCUUUGGAGCUGGCUACUACUUUGCUAUCGAUGCCAACUCCAUCCACUGUUCAACAGCAAACCAAGGGGCUACUGGCAAGUUUACACAACAGUCGUGGCAGUUAUCAUAAUCACAAGGAUCAAGCUUUGCUGAACAAUGCUGUUCAAAUUCUGAAUACUUGGAGCAAGGAUGGUCGUGAUCUUGAUCCAGAAGUGUUCCAACGUCUAAUAAUCACAGCGCGUUCCAUUGCAAUGAUGCGACCCAAUAACCUUGUGCACUUUACAGAGGUGAAAACACCACAAACAGAUAAAGAAGGAAUGGAUGAAAGAGAUCAAGGCCACAGGAAUGUGGAGGUCGAGGGCUGCAGUUUUAUUAUGCAGUUAGUCACUCAUUUCUGGAGGCUCCAUGCUUCCAAACCUAAGAAUGCAUUCCUGGCUCCUGCCUGCCUACCUGGAUUGACUCAUAUUGAGGCAACAGUGAAUGCACUAAUUGACAUUAUUCAUGGCUAUUGUACGUGUGAACUAGAUUACAUCAAUACUGCUGCAAAAGUUUAUAUGCAAAUGCUGCUAUGUCCUGAUCAGUCAGUGAGUUUUGCCUGUAAGCAGGCGCUGAUUCGUGUAUUAAGACCACGGAGCAAGCGCAGACAUGUGACACUGCCCUCCCCUCCUCGCAGCAACACCCCAAUGGGUGAUAAAGAUGAUGACGAUGAUGAUGAUGCUGAAGAUAAAAUGCAGCCAUCAGGAAUGGCAGGCAGUGAAAAUAUCCGUCAAGAAAGUCAAGAACAGAGUGAAGUAGAUCAUGGAGACUUUGAGAUGGUGUCUGAAUCAAUGGUUUUGGAGUCAGCUGAAAAUGUAACUAAUGGAAACCCUUCCCCUCUGGAGGCACUGCUGGCAGGAGCAGAGGGCUUCCCACCAAUGCUGGAUAUCCCUCCAGAUGCCGAUGAUGAGACAAUGGUGGAACUGGCGAUUGCUCUUAGCCUGCAGCAAGAUCAGCAAGGUAGCAGCAGCAGUGCAUUGGGUCUACAGAGUCUGGGACUAUCUGGGCAAGCACCCAGUUCAUCCUCAUUAGAUGCAGGCACACUGUCUGAUACCACAGCCUCAGCUCCAGCCUCUGAUGAUGAAGGUAGCACAGCAGCAACAGAUGGAUCAACGCUGCGAACAUCACCUGCGGAACAUGGUGGCAGUGUGGGCUCGGAAAGUGGGGGCAGUGCUGUUGACUCUGUUGCUGGAGAACACAGUGUGUCUGGACGUAGCAGUGCAUACGGAGAUACAACAGUUGAGGGGCAUCCUGCAGGACCAGGCAGUGUCAGCUCCAGUACAGGAGCCAUUAGUACCACCACUGGACAGCAAGAAGGUGAAGGGUCAGAAGGAGAAGGUGAAACAGAAGGUGACCUACAUACAAGCAACAGGCUCCACAUGGUCCGACUAAUGCUGCUCGAGAGACUUUUACAGCAUCUGCCACAGCUCCGUCAUGUAGGUGGAGUUAGAGCCAUCCCUUACAUGCAGGUAAUCCUAAUGCUGACUGCUGAUCUAGAUGGAGAAGAUGAAAAAGAUAAAGGAGCCUUGGACAACCUCCUGUCCCAACUCAUUGCAGAAUUGUGUAUGGACAAGAAGGAUGUUUCAAAGAAGAAUGAUCGCAGUCCCCUAAAUGAAGUGCACCUGGUGAUCAUGAGACUCCUCAGCGUUUUUAUGUCUCGAACUAAAUCAAGCUCAAAAUCUGCCUCUGAGGCUUCCUCAUUAAUCUCCAAUGCAACAGCCACUGCAUUGUUAAGUUCAGGUGCCAUUGACUAUUGUCUCCAUGUUCUGAAGUCACUGCUGGAUUACUGGAAAACACAACAAGGUGAAGAAGAAGCUGUGGUAACGAGUCAGCUACUGAAACCACAUACUUCUUCUUCACCUCCAGAUAUGAGCCCAUUCUUCCUGCGACAGUAUGUGAAGGGUCACGCUGCGGAUGUGUUCGAGGCAUACUCCCAGCUUUUGACUGAAAUGGUGCUGAGAUUACCAUACCAAAUAAAGAAGAUCGCUGAUGCAAAUUCUCGGAUUCCACCGCCAAUCUUUGACCAUUCUUGGUUCUACUUCCUGUCUGAAUACCUAAUGAUCCAGCAGACGCCUUUUGUUCGUCGUCAAGUUCGCAAACUCUUACUGUUCAUUUGUGGAUCAAAGGAAAAGUACCGUCAACUCCGGGAUCUGCACACACUGGACUCUCAUGUUAGAGGAAUUAAAAAACUUCUGGAGGAGCAGGGAAUCCAUUUGCGUGGUGGUGUGGUCACAGCAUCCUCAGGAUCUGCUCUGCAAUAUGACACACUCAUUAGCUUGAUGGAGCAUCUAAAGGCAUGCGCAGAGAUCGCCAGUCAACGGACCGUUAACUGGCAGAAAUUCAGCCUCAAGGAUGAGUCUGUUUUAUAUUUCUUACUCCAGGUUAGUUUUCUUGUGGAUGAAGGAGUCUCUCCAGUUCUCCUCCAAUUGCUUUCUUGUGCACUCUGUGGCAGUAAAGUGCUUUCCGCAACAUCAUCUGGCAGCACAGGGGGCACUGGGACAACUGCAGCUUCCUCCAGCUCAGGACAGUCUGGGUCUCAGUCCAAAUCUUCCAGCAAAAAAAGCAAGAAAGAGGAGCGAGAGAAGGAGAAGGAUGAGAGCACAAGCAGUCAAGAAGAUCAACUCUGCACAGCUUUGGUCAAUCAACUGAAUAAAUUUGCUGACAAAGAAACUUUGAUUCAAUUUUUACGAUGUUUCCUGUUGGAAUCCAAUUCCUCAUCUGUGCGUUGGCAGGCUCACUGUCUUACUCUACACAUCUACAGGAGUUCUGGCAAAUCGCAGCAGGAGCUGCUACUCGACUUGAUGUGGUCAAUUUGGCCGGAGCUCCCAGCUUAUGGACGCAAAGCUGCACAGUUUGUGGAUCUUCUGGGGUACUUCUCUCUCAAGACUCCACAGACUGAAAAAAAGCUGAAAGAAUACUCUCACAAGGCAGUGGAGAUUCUUCGUACUCAAAACCAUAUUCUCACCAACCACCCCAACUCCAACAUUUAUAAUAUGCUAUCUGGUCUCGUUGAGUUUGAUGGCUACUACCUCGAGAGUGAUCCCUGUCUUGUCUGUAAUAACCCUGAGGUGCCAUUCACUAAUAUUAAGCUUUCAUCAAUCAAAGUAGACACACGCUACACGACAACGCAGCAAGUGGUGAAAUUAAUUGGCAGUCACACCAUCAGCAAAGUGACUGUGAAGAUUGGAGAUCUAAAACGCACUAAGAUGGUUCGCACGAUUAACCUGUAUUACAACAACAGAACUGUGCAGGCUAUUGUAGAACUGAAAAACAAGCCAGCUCGUUGGCACAAAGCUAAAAAAGUUCAGCUAACACCAGGUCAGACUGAAGUGAAGAUUGAUCUCCCACUCCCCAUUGUAGCGUCCAACCUCAUGAUUGAGUUUGCUGACUUCUAUGAGAAUUACCAGGCAUCAACUGAGACCUUGCAGUGUCCACGCUGCAGUGCAUCCGUUCCUGCCAAUCCAGGUGUUUGUGGUAACUGUGGGGAGAAUGUAUACCAGUGCCACAAAUGCAGAUCUAUUAACUAUGAUGAGAAAGAUCCAUUCCUUUGCAAUGCCUGUGGAUUCUGCAAGUAUGCACGGUUUGAUUUCAUGCUGUACGCCAAGCCAUGCUGUGCAGUGGAUCCAAUUGAAAAUGAGGAGGACAGAAAGAAGGCAGUAACAAAUAUAAACACUCUGUUGGAUAAAGCUGACCGUGUUUAUCAUCAGCUGAUGGGUCACAGGCCACAGCUUGAAACUUUGUUGGUGAAAGUUAGUGAGGCAGCUCCUGAGAAGCCACAGGAUGAUUCCAGUGGCGUUGCUGGAAUCAGCUCAACAGCAGCAAGUGUGAAUCGCUACAUCCAGCAACUGGCUCAGGAAUAUUGUGGAGAUUGUAAGACAUCCUUCGACGAGUUGUCCAAAAUCAUUCAGAAAGUUCUGGCUUCACGGAAGGAGCUGCUGGAAUAUGAUCUUCAUCAACGAGAAGCAGCAACAAAGUCAUCACGAUCAUCAACUCAGCCUACAUUCACAGCCAGUCAGUAUCGAGCUCUGUCUGUCCUUGGCUGUGGCCACACCUCUUCAACAAAAUGUUAUGGCUGUGCCUCAGCUGUUACUGAGCAUUGUAUUACAUUGCUUCGUGCCCUCGCUACCAACAGCACUAUACGGCAGAUUCUGGUUUCUCAGGGACUUAUCAGAGAGCUGUUUGAUUAUAAUCUGCGGCGUGGUACUGCUUCAAUGAGAGAGGAAGUCAGACAACUGAUGUGCUUGUUAACGAGGGAUAAUGCAGAUGCAACACAACAAAUGAAUGACCUCAUCAUUGCCAAGGUUUCAACUGCACUUAAAGGGCACUGGGCCAAUCCUGAUCUGGCCAGCAGUCUUCAGUAUGAAAUGCUGUUACUAACUGAUUCAAUUUCAAAGGAAGAUGCAUGCUGGGAGUUGCGACUUCGGUGUGCUCUGAGCCUGUAUCUGAUGGCUGUGAAUAUUAAGACCCCAGUGGUUGUUGAGAACAUCACACUGAUGUGCCUGCGAAUUCUUCAACGGCUGAUCAAACCACCUGCUCCAACUAGCAAGAAAAACAAGGAUAUCUCUGUUGAUACCCUAACAACUGUUAAACCCUAUAGUAAUGAAAUACAUGCACAGGCCCAAGCAUGGCUCAAGAAGGAUCCCAAAGCAUCAUACGAGGCAUGGAAGAAAUGUUUGCCUGCCAGAGCUUUGGACAAUGAAGGCAAAACACAAAGUAAAACUGAGCUGCGACAACUCUACCUGAUGGAGAAAUAUGCAUGGAAGUGGAAGCAGUUUCUAAGCAAACGUGGGAAGAGGAAUUCACCUUUGGACCUCAAACUAGGACAUAAUAAUUGGCUGAGACAGGUUCUAUUCACUCCAGCGACACAAGCUGCACGUCAGGCUGCCUGUACUAUUGUGGAAGCACUUACCACCAUCCCAAGCCGCAAGCAACAAGUCCUUGAUCUCCUGACAAGUUACCUGGAUGAACUAAGUGUUGCUGGAGAGUGUGCAGCAGAAUAUCUUGCACUCUAUCAAAAACUCAUCAAACCAGCUCAUUGGAAAAUCUACCUGGCAGCUCGAGGAGUGCUGCCAUACAUUGGAAACCUGAUCACAAAGGAAAUUGCCCAUUUACUGGCACUGGAGGAGGCAACACUUAGUACUGACCUUCAGCAGGGAUAUGCUUUAAAAAGCCUGACAGGUCUACUUUCAUCUUUUGUGGAGGUGGAAUCAAUAAAACGUCACUUCAAGAGCCGCUUGGUGGGCACAGUCCUGAAUGGCUACUUGUGUCUGCGAAAACUAGUGGUUCAGCGAACAAAACUGAUUGAUGAGACACAAGACAUGUUGCUGGAGAUGUUAGAAGACAUGACGACAGGUACAGAGUCUGAAACAAAGGCAUUCAUGGCUGUCUGUAUUGAGACUGCUAAACGAUACAGUCUUGAUGAUUACCGAACACCAGUUUUCAUCUUUGAAAGACUAUGCAGCAUCAUCUACCCAGAGGAAAAUGAAGUGACUGAGUUCUUUGUGACUUUGGAGAAAGAUCCACAACAAGAAGACUUCCUGCAGGGUAGGAUGCCAGGAAAUCCCUACAGCAGCAAUGAGCCUGGAAUUGGACCACUAAUGAGGGACAUUAAGAAUAAGAUUUGUCAGGAUUGUGACCUUGUAGCACUGCUUGAAGAUGACAGCGGAAUGGAGCUCCUGGUUAACAACAAAAUAAUCAGUUUGGACCUUCCAGUGGCUGAAGUGUACAAGAAGGUCUGGUGUCCAGCCAAUGAGGGUGAGCCGAUGCGUAUAAUCUACCGAAUGCGAGGACUUCUUGGAGAUGCAACUGAAGAAUUUAUUGAAUCAUUGGAUUCCACCACAGAUGAAGAAGAGGAUGAAGAGGAGGUAUAUAAAAUGGCAGGUGUGAUGGCUCAGUGUGGUGGUCUUGAGUGUAUGCUAACUCGAUUGGCUGGAAUCAAAGACUUCAAGCAGGGUCGACACCUUUUAACUGUGCUUCUGAAGCUGUUCAGUUACUGUGUAAAGGUGAAGGUGAAUCGACAACAAUUGAUUAAACCAGAGAUGAACCCUCUGAAUGUAAUGCUGGGGACACUGAACCUAGCACUGCUGGCAGAACAGGAGAGUAAAGACAGUGGUGGUGCAACAAUUGCUGAGCAAGUGCUUAGCAUCAUGGAGAUAAUUCUAGAUGAAGCAAACGCAGAACCACUGACUGAGGAUAGAGGUAACUUGCUGCUGACAGGAGACAAAGAUCAGCUGGUGAUGCUGUUGGACCAGAUUAAUUCGACAUUUGUCCGUUCCAAUCCCAGUGUUCUCCAGGGUUUGUUACGUAUUAUCCCAUACCUGUCCUUCGGGGAACUGGAGAAAAUGCAGAUUCUUGUUGAUCGAUUCAAACCCUACUGUAAUUUUGACAAAUAUGAUGAAGAACAUAACACCGAUGACAAGGUUUUCUUGGAUUGUUUCUGUAAAAUUGCUGCAGGAAUCAAAAACAACAGCAAUGGACAUCAGCUAAAGGAACUUAUUCUGCAGAAGGGAAUAACCCAGAAUGCUUUAGAAUACAUCCGGAAACACAUCCCAAGUGCCAAAAACCUUGAUGCAGAUGUGUGGAAGAAGUUCUUAUCAAAACCAGCUCUUCCUUUUAUUCUCCGCCUACUGCGUGGACUGGCUAUGCAGCACCCUCCUACACAAAUGUUAAUUGGAACAGACUCCAUCACAAACCUACAUAAAUUGGAGCAGGUUUCCAGUGAUGAAGGCAUUGGUACACUUGCAGAAAACUUACUGGAGGCAUUACGAGAACACCUAGAAGUCAACAGGAAAAUUGAAGCAGCCCGAAAGGAGACACGAGCAGAAAAGAAACGGAUGGCAAUGGCUAUGCGGCAAAAAGCAUUAGGCACUCUUGGAAUGACGACUAAUGAGAAAGGUCAGGUAGUCACCACAACAACAUUACUGAAGCAGAUGGAGGAACUUAUUGAGGAACCAGGUUUGACCUGCUGCAUUUGUCGUGAGGGUUAUAAAUUUCAGCCAACCAAAGUGUUAGGAAUUUACACCUUCACAAAACGAGUUGCCAUUGAAGAGUUUGAAAACAAACCACGAAAACAGCAGGGAUACAGCACAGUCUCACAUUUCAAUAUUGUCCACUACGAUUGUCACCUUGCUGCAGUCAGGCUGGCACGUGGUCGGGAGGAAUGGGAAAGUGCUGCAUUACAAAAUGCAAAUACCAAGUGUAAUGGAUUACUACCUGUGUGGGGCCCACAAGUACCCGAAUCAGCAUUUGCCACGUGUUUGGCAAGGCAUAAUACAUACUUGCAAGAAUGCACAGGCCAACGUGAGCCCACCUACCAGCUGAACAUUCAUGAUAUUAAACUACUGUUCCUGCGUUUUGCAAUGGAGCAGUCAUUCAGUGUUGACACUGGUGGAGGAGGCAGAGAAAGUAACAUCCAUCUCAUUCCAUAUAUAAUGCAUACAGUCCUUUAUGUUCUUAAUACGACCCGGGCAACAUCCCGAGAGGAGAAGAACCUACAGAGUUUCCUCGAACAGCCAAAAGAGAAAUGGGUUGAAAAUGCUUAUGAGGUUGACGGACCACACUAUUUUACCGUCUUAGCAUUACACAUUUUCCCACCUGAGAAAUGGAAAGUGACCCGUCUUGAUUUUCUAAAACGUCUCUUGGUCACAACUCAAGCAAGGAAAGCAUCACCAAGUGGCUCCAACAAAUUGUCUGACAAAUCUGUGAAGGAAUAUGCUGUGUACCGCCCUGUGCUGCUUUGCUGGGGAUUAGUGGAUCUUAUGUAUGGAAUAUUUAAGAAGGUUCCUACAAGUAACACAGAGGGUGGCUGGUCCUACUCUCUUGCUGAAUACAUCCGACACAAUGACAUGCCAAUCUAUGAGGCAACAGACAGAUCUCUCAAAACUUUCCAGGAUGAAUUUAUGCCUGCUGAGUCAUUUGCUGAAUUUCUAGAUGUUGCAGGUCUCUUAACAGAAGUUGAAGAUCCUGACAACUUCCUAAAAGAUCUUCUUAACUCCGUGCCCUAAAAUGUUCCAAGCUCAUCUUCUCAAAAACAAAGCUGAUAUUUAUCUCUGUAAUUUUAGAAAUAUUACAUUUGCAUUUUGACUCUUUGAAAGCAGUUGAAAUUAUUUUUGCCUCAGUUCUGCAGCACCUGCUUCUUUUUGUGUGUGAAGCAUUCUGGAUUUAAGGUUUUAACGUACUCGUGUACAGAGGAAUAAUACUGGAAUUGUCAUUUAACCUGACUGCAUGGAGUACAUUUGGUUUACUUUCUUAUUUUGUUCUUGUAUUCAGUAUUUCACAGUAACUUGUUGUGUAUUUAAAUGUUGUGUUAA